CCCCACAUUUUCCCCGGUUUUCGUUCAAAAACAGAAGCGACCGUUCUGCGACCUCAAAAGCCGAUCGCAGGGAUUUAAACGCUGAUUUCCACCAUGGCAGAAGGAGGAGAUAUGGAGUGGGAGCUGAGUAAAGAGAACAUCCAGCCGCUGAGGCGAGGCAGAACCAUGUCCGCUUUACAUCAGGCCCUCAGCCAGCAGCAGGAUGGCAUCAGUUCUGUCACCAGCCAACAGAGACAGGCCUUUGAGUCUGAACUCAGGAUGUACGAUGGAGAAGAUCCACUUGAUGUUUGGGAUCGGUACAUAAAGUGGACAGAGGAAAAGUUUCCUCAGGGUGGGAAGGAGAGCAACCUGUCCACGCUGUUGGAACAAGUCGUGAAAAAAUUCACAGAGGAAAAGCGAUAUCACAGUGACCCUCGCUAUGUUGAUCUCUGGAUCAGAUUUGCCGGAAACUGUCCCGAGCCUUUGGACGUUUACAGGUACAUGCAGGCGCAGGGAAUCGGCCUGAUGCUGGCGUCGUUCUACAUUGCAUGUUCUGAGGAGUACGAGAACCAGGGAAACUUUCGUCAAGCAGACAUAGUCUACCAGGACGGUUUGAGGAACGGUGCUGAGCCACGAGAUAAGCUCCAGCAGUUUCAUAGAGCUCUGCAGGCUCGUGUGUCCCGACAAGCAGUGAUGCGCGUGGCGCAGGAUGAUAGCGAUGAAGACCUCAAACAGCCCGAGAGAGUUUCUCUUGUUGACCUCAAACACCGCGGGAAGAAAAAAGCUGUUGUCCCCAUCAGCAGAAGUGGGCCUGCAGUGAGAAGUAUUUCUGGGGGCCUGUCAUCACAAGGCGCUCCCGUCCUCGCCAACGCUACAAACAGUCACUUUUUGAUCUUUGAUGAGAAUACGAGUUGCAAUCCCGGUCCUUCAGAGCCAAAAUUGGAGUCCUGGGUGGCUCCUCCCCCUGCAAAGGCGAAGGAGAAUCAGCGGAAGCCAGAAAAAUGGUGUGACGUUAAGAUGCCUCAGAGAUCCAAAUUUGGGAACACCGUCAUGGCUCCACCGCCUUCCAAACCCGCCUUCCAACCAUAUGUGGAGGACUCAGACCAGCCUCCGACAAUGACGCCAUGUAAGAUAAACCCGGCGGUGAACACUGUUUUGUCAGCACUCCGGCCCCACAGAGAGGAAACGCCUCUCAAGAGACUUCAGGAGUGCCAACAGCACCACCAGGAAGCAGAGGCAGGAAAAGCACACAAGCAGAGCAUGUACUGUAAAGAGCUGCUGCUCAGCGGCGCCUCUGAAUUCUGCUUUGAGGAACUGCGUGCUGAACGCUACCGUCAAAAGAUGAGCCAGGAACCAGCGCUAACGGCACAGAAAACUCAAGCUAACAGCAGCGUUCCAAACUAA